AUGAAGUUUCUCAACGCUCUACUCACCUUGUCGGCCCUGGCGGUCAGCAUCGAUGCCCUUCCGGUUUCGGUGGCCAAGGAAGAGGAUGCCAAGACUUUCCAUGACAUGUCUCUACAUGACACCGGCAUCAUAGCCCGCCAAGCUCAGCCUCCCCAACUUCCUCCAUCAGGCUUGAUUCCUGACGCGACGCCUGAGGAUGACAUGGACGAAUUCGAAGAGGUUGAGGAAGUUGACGACGUCACGAAUCCAGGUGAAGUCGAAGCCGAGGGCAAGAAAAAGAAGAAGAAGAAGAAGAAGGGCAAGAAGAAGGGCAAGAAGGAGAAGAAGCCCGAGAAGCCGGACGCUAUCCCCGCUGCUGGAGCUCAACCUCCGGCUGCGGGCGCUCAGCCGGUUCCGGCUGCCGGAACCGUUCCAGCUGCCGCUCCGGCCAAAGCCCCUGCUCCCGGAACGCCUGCAGCCGCUGUUCCUCCGCCUGUACCCGCGCCGGCAGCUCCGCGAUCAUUUGCCAAGGCAUUCAAGGCUUAG